CCGCGUGCUGGACGCAGGGGGAGAGCUUUCCUAAGAGUCAUCACCCAGCCGCCACCCGGACCAGGCUUGCUGGACAGUCGGAGCCCCGACGGCCCGGGGGCCAUAAGAGUAGUAGGACUCAGGCGGCUCGCGGGGCCGGGCCAUGGCACUCGACUUCCUGGCUGGAUGCGCUGGAGGUGUGGCAGGUGUGCUUGUGGGACACCCUUUUGACACAGUCAAGGUGCGGCUGCAGGUACAGAACACGGAGAAGCCCCAGUACCGAGGGACACUGCACUGCUUCCAGUCCAUCAUCAAGCAGGAGAGUGUGCUGGGCCUGUAUAAAGGUCUGGGCUCACCACUAAUGGGGCUCACCUUUAUCAAUGCACUGGUGUUUGGGGUGCAAGGCAACACCCUUAGGGCCCUGGGCCAAGACUCACCACUCAAUCAGUUCCUGGCCGGUGCAGCAGCAGGCGCCAUUCAGUGUGUCAUCUGUUGCCCCAUGGAACUGGCCAAGACAAGGCUGCAGCUGCAGGUCGUGGGCCCCGCUCGAACCUACAAGGGCUCCCUGGACUGCCUGGUACAGAUUUACCGGCACGAGGGCCUGCGUGGCAUCAAUCGAGGCAUGGUGUCCACACUUCUGCGCGAGACACCUAGCUUUGGCGUCUACUUUCUCACCUACGACGUAAUGACGCGCGCCAUGGGCUGCGAGCCAGAUGACCACCUGCUGGUGCCCAAGCUGCUGCUGGCGGGGGGCACAUCAGGCAUCACCUCCUGGCUCUCCACCUAUCCUAUGGACGUGGUUAAGUCGCGACUGCAAGCCGAUGGGCUGCAAGGAGCCCCUCGCUACCAUGGCAUCGUCGACUGCAUGCGGCAGAGCUACCAGGCUGAGGGCUGGCGAGUCUUCACACGAGGACUGGCCUCCACGCUGUUACGUGCUUUUCCCGUCAAUGCUGCCACCUUUGCCACAGUCACUGUGGUGCUGACAUAUACCCGGGGUGAGGAGGCCCAGCUAGACAGUGAGGCAGUUUCGGGCACCUCUGCCACCCCUGCUGGGCCUGCUCUGGCCCAGCCUUCCAGACUGUGAUGCUGUCUCUCCCACCAACUUCCCCGGGGCCACUUGGCUGAAACCUGACACCGAUAAUGUGGCUCCUCAGCCAGUCUCCUUGCUCCUUGGCUGGCGAUACUAGCCAGCCUAUACCCCGCUGACCUUCAGUUUUCUUAACUGUAAAAUGGGGACUCUUCAUACAUGGUACGUUCGAGAAGGUCAAGCCUGGUUAAGUCUACACUCUGUAGACAGCACUGCCAGUGAGAAUCUCUCAACCCUACACUCCAGGGCUCUCUCCUGAGCCGACUAUAACAAGCUGGCCAAGGACCCAUCCAUUCCCCAGAUCCUCCAUCCACAGAGGCCCAGGAAGAUACUUGGCCAGCUCUCACCAGUAGGGGCAGCGGACAGUGUAGAAUGCUCCUCAGCUGCUGCCCUUGAACUGCAGAUGGGGUCUGGGGUCCUGGCAGCAAGCCUGUUGAGGAUUCUGCUCAUGCACGGUCUGCAUGGGGAGCAGGCAGGCCGCUGCCUCGGUGUCUCCACAGUGAAACUGUGUGACAGCUGUGGCAAGAGGAAAUCUUCUCAUCCCUGGGCUUCUAGUUACCUGUCUGCAAAAUGGAGACGUGGGUCAGCCGAUGUCUGCCUCACUACGGCCAGCCAGAAUUCCCAAUAAUGGGUAGGCAGAGGGCCCAGGAGAACACAGUGUAGGUUGCUCGUGUCCCUGGUCUUGGCAGCAGGUACAGUGGAGCCAGUUUGGGUGUCUCUCCAGCUGCCUGUCAGUGUUGGACAGGACCCUCUAAAGGAAUAAAGUCUUGUUUUCUAAGUGUGUGAAGCUCCUCUCUGCAUGGUGCAAGGGACUUCAUUUCCUUCCUUAUAUCCUAGAUUCAGUGGCUAUCUAUGGUCUAUGCAUGGACUUGGAUCUGGCCACAUGACUUGGGCAGGUCAAGGACACAUCUACGUGGUGGUGAAUGGAGGCGCGAGGGAUACUUAAGUAAAUCACAAGCAUGCCCUUUAGCAAGUAUUGGCAGUCAUUUCAGGAACUGGAGACCUGUGGUGGGGACAUAGGUCCCCUGGUAGAGGAAAGGUAUAAGGGGAGCUAUCUGAUGACCUGGGCAACUAGUAUGUGCCCUGUAACGUGUCUUUCUCUAUCCUGCCAGCUCCCAAUUUUUGACGUGGAGACUUCUUAUUAAUUAUGCAAGCUCAGCCUUAGCUCAGGCUUGUUUCUAACUAGCUCUUAUAACUUAAAUCAUUAACUCAAUCCAUUUCUAUUAACGUCACCAUGUUGUUCAUGGCCUUUACCUCUCCUCCUGCAUGUCCUGCUUCCUCUGCAUCUGGCUGGUGAUGCCCCCUUCUUCCCAUAGCUCUCUCUGUCUGGAAGUCCCUCCUAUACAUCCUGCCCAGCCAUUGGCCAUUUAGCUUUGUAUUAACCCAAUCACAGUGACAUAUCUUUACACAGUGUAAUCAAAUAUCUUGUACCAUUUCCCCUUUUUGUCUAAAUAAAAAGGAAAGGGUUUUAACUCUAACAGUAAAACUAUAUACAAUAAGAAUAAUUAUAAGAUAAAAAUUACACUUACAAUAUCCAGUCCAUUUGUAUUUGGCAAAUUUGGAUAAAUUAUUAUCUAUCUUAUCUUGGUGAGUUCAAAGUUUUAUACCUAAACCAUUUUUUUUAUCAUAACUUGUAUUACCAACCCAAAACUAUCUAUUUAUACCUCAAAACAUUUUCUUAGAUAAACAAUUUAAGCUUUUAUGCCUUUCAACCUCAUAUGCUUUAUAUUUUUAUAAAUUUCUUUUCUGAAUUUGAUGGCAAAGAAAACUACAACUAUUUGGUCUUCAACUCCAUCAGAGAUCCAAAGAAGGACCUAAUAUUACCUGAGUAAGCAGGAAGUACACAGCAAACAACUUCCCAAACUAUAGAAAUGGCAGAAACAGCCGGCUGCCUGAACAGUCACCUAAGUUUCCUCUGCAACACUGGGGCAUCCAUCUGGGGCCUGCAGGCCUAGAAUAUCUGGCAGACUUUUUGGUAAAGCAGGAAUUUUGAACAACUUUCUUACCUUGUCUUGGCAAAGUGAGGCAGUUGCUUUCUUUUGUGCCCUGCUUGUCCAGUUAGGACAAUGUACUGCCAAUAGUUGAGGCAAGGGCAGUUUCUUUACUCAUUGGUUAACUUUUCCAUAAUAAAAGCAAAGUCCAGAUGGAUGUUCUUUGAUGCCCAUCUUCUUUUGAAGUAAAUUGGUGUUGCCAGGAGCAGAUAUGUCUCACUGUCAUGAAAAGCCUGCUGUUAUUAAAACAUUUUAAAUGUCAUAUUCUGUAGGUUUUGGAAGUGUUUGAAGAUUACCUAUCUAUCUAAAAUAUAUCUGUUUAACCUUGAAAACCUAAUGUAACUACAGGUUUGCUUAUCAUGGAUGACUAACUAAUCUGUAAUUUUUUUUUCUUUUGAAACAGAGUUUCUUUGUGUAACAGUCUUGGCUGUCCUGUAACUUGUUCUGUAGACCAAGCUGGCCUCAAACUCACAGAGAUCCACCUGCAUCUGCCUCCCAAGUGCUGGGAUUAAAGGCAUGUGCCACCCUUCUCUAGACUGCUUCCUGUUGUCUGUGAGAGAUCACAUCUAGGGAACCUGAGGAAAUUGAGAUAAUGGUCAGUUCCUUGGAAAACUAGCUGUAACAUUUGUUCUCCAGUCUGUGGAAUGGGAAGACACAAGGCUUGUCUGCAGUCCUGGCUAGAAUAGUCUGUGAGGCUGGACCAUCUCAGCCAGCAGCCUUGAAGCUGUUCUGGAUGCAGAACUCUGAGGAAACUGCAACAGAGGCAUUCUGAGAGGCUGGAUCACCCAGGCUACUUGUCUUUAUUGAUACCUGGUCCUUUUAUUUUUUGAAAAUACACGAACUUUUAAAGGUAACAUGUAUAUCUGCAUUGACACAGUAUGGAAUGUGCAGUGUGCACAAGUCAGUUAAAGAUGAUAUUUCGUUGUUGUUGGUUUUUUGUUUGAGCAGGUAAAAGUCAUUUGUUAAUUUUAUGUUUAGUGUGUAUAACCAGACUGUAUUAUAAAUCUCUAUCCAUGCCUUAUGAAAGGAUGGCAUAUAAUAAUGAGUCAUGAGGACUCUGUAGCCACAGUGUCCGAGCCGUUUCCAGGUUGAAGGAUCAGCUAUACAACUGUCUUGUAGCUUUUCUUUUGUUCCUUUUUUUGUGUGUUUGUAGUUAAGAUUAUUAGGAAGACUUCCCCAGUCAAAUCUCAUCUCAAUUAACGUUGAAGGAACCCAAAGCACAACCUCUCCUCCAAUGCAACAACACAUUUUUCAACUUUCAUUCUGAAGCCAAGACAUCUCAAAAGUAACUAGGCUGGUUUAAUCCCGCAGUCCCUCCCAUAAUCCAGUGUCUCUCAGCAGCUGCCAUUCACUCAUCAGCAUUCAAAAGUUAAGUCAACAAAGCACCAUACAGGAUCCAGAUGCCCUGUGUAUUUCCCAUCCUUAUGUGUUUUUUAAAUUACUGUUUCUUUAAAGACUUUAUUAUUUUUAAACUGUUUUUUUUCCC